AUGCCCUCCCUCACAGUAGCAGUCGCCCAAUCCCGCACACACAAUUCCCUACCAGAAACCCUCCACGCCCUCGAACGAACAACUGCCCUGGCCGCCCGCCGCGGCGUUCACCUCCUCCUCUUCCCAGAAGCCUAUCUAGGCGGGUACCCGCGGACAUGCACCUUCGGCUCCGCAGUGGGAAGUCGACACCCGCGCGGCCGGGAACAAUUCCUCGCGUACUUCAAGGCAGCCAUCGAUCUAGGCGAUACACCAGCCGGAGCCGGCGAUGAAUGGAUUGAACGCAAACUGGAUGUCGCAGAGGGAAAGAGGUUCCGGGGCGACGGGACGAGGGAGUUUCUUGAGCGUGUUGCGAGGGAUACGGGUGUAUUUUUCGCUACGGGGUUGGUAGAGAGAGCGGGGGGUAGUUUGUAUUGUGCUGUUGUUUAUGUUGAUCCUGUUAGGGGUGUUAUUGGGAAGAGGAGGAAGGUUAUGCCGACGGCUGCCGAACGCAUGAUCUGGGCCCAGGGCUCACCCUCAACCCUCCGCGCUGUAACAACAACCCUAAACGGUAUCCCACUGACCCUAGCAUCGGCAAUCUGCUGGGAAAACUACAUGCCCCUCCUACGUCAGAGUCUGUACUCCCAGAACGUGAAUAUCUAUCUCGCUCCCACGGCCGACGCCCGCGAUACUUGGCUCCCGCUCAUGCGCACCGUCGGCAUAGAAGGCCGCUGUUUCGUGCUCUCGGCGAAUCAGUGCGUGCGUCCCUCCGAGCUGCCGGAGUGGAUUACCGGACCAGGCCCGAAUCGGAAUUUAAAUCCAACAGGUCUGGAUCCGAAGACUUCUACGCAAGAUCCGGAAAGGAAAUUGUCUGUCACUUCUGAAGGUCCGCAUGAGAUUGUCUGGCCGCAGACUCAUGGUGAGGGACAGGGUGAGGCACAAGGUCCGUCGGGGAAUUCUUCCACAUCGAAUACUAAGCAGUCAGUCGCUACUUCGGGCUCGGAAUUGGAGUAUGUUUGUCGUGGUGGAAGUUGUAUUGUCUCGCCGCUUGGAGAGACUAUCGUCGGUCCGUUGUGGGAAGUUUGCACGGAUGACGUGUCGGAUAGUAGCGAUGCUGCUGUGACUGAUUGCGCGCCGGGAACAUCAGCUACUGAACCUCGGCCCGCUGUUGCGGCGGGUGAUGGACUAGCUAUUGCGCGUAUUGAUCUUGACGAUUGUGAGCGUGGUCGGCUUGACCUUGAUGUUGCUGGGAGUUAUUCACGGAAUGAUGCGUUUAAAUUGGAGGUUGAGGGGUUGGAUUUGGCGCCGCCGCCUUUGUAG